AUGGGCUCAAUAUACUCCAACACUGUAAAACAAUCAGCUGAGAUAUCUUUUCUCUGCAGGUACAGGGAAAGUCAGCUAGUAAAGUUGGAUAUACAAAUCAAUGGUGAUCCUGUGGAGGCGUUGUCGACAAUUGUACACAGAGAUAAGGCAUACUCUGUUGGCAGGGCACUGACACAAAAACUCAAAGAACUUAUACCUCGACAAAUGUUUAGAGUUCCUAUUCAAGCAUGUAUUGGUACAAAGGUCAUUGCAAGCGAAGCCCUGUCGGCCAUCAGGAAGGAUGUCCUGUCAAAAUGCUAUGGUGGUGACAUAACGAGAAAAAAGAAAUUGCUGAAGAAACAGGCUGAAGGAAAGAAGAGAAUGAAAGCAAUCGGAAGGGUUGAUGUUCCCCAAGAAGCAUUCAUGGCUGUGUUGAAGCUGGAAAAAGAGGUGCUAUGAAGUAGCUCGUGUAAUCUUUCUGAAGCCUCCUUUCUGCUGUAAGGAUCUCAGCUUGGAAGCGACAUGCGAUUACACUCAAAAGAGUCUGAGAGGUUGCUUUCAACUUGCCAUGCCUCAGACUAAAGGAGCCAAUUGACUAUAGAUCAGUGGAAAGCAGCUAACCUGAAAUUCACUGAUAUUGCUUCGAACAUCAGGUUAUGAAGCCUAAAAAGCACGCGGGACACAAUUUUGGCAGACACAUGUACAAAACUCUUGUUGUAAAAAGGUCAUUACGUACUUCAAUUACUUGUAAUGCUAUAAUAUGACAUGUUCCACAGUAGAAUAUAUAUUCGCAAAUUGAUAUAGCAAGCAUCA